UAUCUCAGUACUACUGUGUCGUGUUGUGUACAUUUGAAUACGUGUGCUUGUUUGUACAGUCGUCAGCGGUAACGUGGACUGGCUGGAGACUCUCGGGGAUGGAAGUGGUUGCUGGCUCCUCUGUGAACGCACACCGUUGUUAUGGCGAUGUCAGAUCUUUGAUAAGAGCACAAGAUGGCGGAACUAGUGCCUCAAAGGAUUGGUUGCCAUGGCAACUUCUGGAUACUCAGAGGACCUUCAGCCUCAGCAGGCCAACUCGGUAACCUUAGCAACAACUGCUGCCACCACACCCUCGUCCACGAAGACGACACACUUCCUGUCCGAGAUCCCACCAACCUCUGGAACCACCGCAACAGCCAACCAAUCGUCCGGCGCCUCAAAAACCGGACAGGAUGCACUUUGUUCUCAAGCUCCGCCCACCCAGGCCCAGAGCCAGAAGGCACUGGUUCUGACCACUCCCACGCAGCACUAUGUGUCCCCCAACAUUCAGCACUCGACGGUCCAGAAAAGUAAUGGUCCGAGUGGUUCUCCUCAGUACAUCAUAGUCACAGUCACAGAGGGUUCCGUUCACUCCAAUGACAGUCUGUCGGACUCCAGCCCGUCAGGCCCUGGCGUUCCUACUCAGGUGGUCCAACCGGUGCAGACCACCGCACAGCAGAGGUCAGUGUUGCAGGCAGUGUCACAGGCAGCCAAGAGAAUUCAGACAGGCCACAUCAGCAACCUGCAGCCGGUGCUCAUUAACCAGGAGGUGGAGCAUGUGUACCCUGGCCAAGUGCAGUAUGUGGACGGAGGCGGAGAUGCAACCUUCACCACAUCCAACAUUCGAUCAAGCAACUACCCUUUCUCCGACUCGCCGCUCUACUCCCAGACCCCUCCCAUCUCCUCUUCCACUUACUAUGAGGAUACGCCCGGCUCUGAGUCCGACAUCAGCGGGGCUGUGACCUCAGUUUCUGUGGAAACAGGAGGAGCCAAUAGCGGUGCAGCUGCAGGGGGAUCGGGCUACCUCCUUCAGGGAAGUUAUGUGUUAGGAGGAGGAGGGGGAGCAUCAGCAGGUGGAGGAGGAGGAGGAGGACAGAGUUACACUAGCCCUAACUCUCGUGCCCCACCUGCUACUGUGCAGUGGCUGUGUGAUAACUACGAGGGGGCGGAGGGGGUUAGUUUACCUCGCUGUACCCUUUACUACCACUACCUGCUGCACUGCCAGGAGCAGAAACUAGAACCUGUUAAUGCUGCAUCCUUCGGGAAACUCAUCAGAUCCGUCUUCAUGGGGCUACGUACGAGAAGAUUAGGGACUAGAGGGAAUUCUAAGUACCACUACUACGGCCUGAGGAUUAAAUCUGGUUCCCCACUCCUCAGACUGAUGGAUGAGCAGCAGCACAUGGCGAUGAGGCAGCAGCCUUUUUCACAGAAAAACAGGAUAAAGCCAGCUCAGAAAACACAGGGGAUCACAAACGGUACAUCAGGUGGGACAGGUCAACAUCAGGCAGCGGGGCUCUGUGAUAUUUCAGCCCAGGUCCAACAGUAUCAGCAGUUUCUGGAGGCGUCAAGGCUGCUGCCAGUCUUUGUGGAUGUGGAUCUGCAAGACGGCCCCCUGCCUGAUGGGAUCCUAUUAGAACACCUCAAGGCCUUUCAGACCCUCUACAGAGAACACUGUGAGGCCGUUCUGGAUGUGAUGGUCAACCUUCAGUUCACUCUCGUGGAGACACUGUGGAAAUCCUUCUGGAGGUUCAGCCAGAGCAAUGACACCGAAUCUCUCAACCUGCACAAUGAGUCUGAGAAGCGACUGCCCAAGUCCUGCCUGGUGGUGCUGUGUAAGUUCGAGCCAGUGUUGCGCUGGACGAAGGAGUGCGACAACCUGCUGUAUCAGACUCUGGUGGAGAUCCUCAUCCCGGACGUACUGAGACCCAUCCCGAGUGCCUUAACUCAGGCCAUCCGUAACUUUGCCAAGAGUCUGGAGAAUUGGUUGACAGGUGCCAUGAUGGACAUUCCAGAGGAGAUGGUUCGCAUAAAGGUGGUGUGCGUCAGCUCUUUCUCCCAAACGCUGCGACGCUACACCAGCCUGAACCACCUGGCUCAGGCCGCCCGCGCCGUCCUCCAGAACUCAGCUCAGAUCAACCAGAUGCUCUCCGACCUCAACCGUGUGGAUUUCACCAAUGUACAGGAGCAGGCCUCCUGGGUGUGUCAGUGUGAUGACACUGUGGUCCAGAGGCUGGAGCAGGACUUUAAAAUGACUCUGCAGCAGCAGAACUCCCUGGAGCAGUGGGCUACCUGGCUGGAUAGUGUCGUCUCCCAAAUGUUAAAGCCGUACGAGCAGAAUCCUGUCGCCCUACCGAAGGCUGCAAAGAUCUUCCUGCUCAACUGGUCCUUCUACAGUUCUAUGGUCAUCCGAGACCUGACUCUACGCAGCGCCGCCAGUUUUGGCUCCUUUCACCUGAUCCGCUUGCUGUAUGAUGAGUACAUGUACUACCUGAUAGAGCACAGGGUGGCCCAGGCUAAAGGAGAGACACCCAUUGCUGUCAUGGGAGAAUUUGCCAGCACUGUCAAGAGAAGAACCUCUCCAGACAUGGAAAAAGAAGAAGAAGAAGAGGACGAGGAAGAGGAGAGUGAAGACGAGAGCGGCGACCUCGUGCUGCAGUCCAGCUCUCUGAGCGCGGUCGACGAGGAGUCGAUGGAACCGCCCGCCAAGCAGCCCAGGGCAACUCUAAAUCUGCACACAGCUUAGCCAGUGAUCUGAAUAACUAACAGGCUCCACUUCAUGCCCAUGUUUGCUUUGAGUUUAACAUCAUAUCAUCGCGUUCUGUCGAGAUGUUUGACGUAGAGUCUGUGGCCGUUUGGUGCGUGUGAUGAAACUGGGAGAACCCUUUGCCAAUUAUGUAUGUUCUGCUUUUUUUUUUGCUGCCAUUCUUUUUUCUCUUGGCCUUCACCUGAUCAUUUACAAUCCUUCCCUGUGCCUUCCCUGUGUGUGUGUAGUGGCUCUGCGUCAGUAUCCACUCCUGGCCAGCCUCAGCUGUACAGUAUAGACAGUGUGUUCUGGCCUCCCUGCUGCCCGGCCUUAACCUCUGACCUGAUUCUGUGGAGAGAUGAGAAGACUGCAGCAGUUUCCUUUGUAAAACGUCUAAACUCCAAACUAUCUUACAUUGCCUUUAAAGCAAUGAACUAUGCAGGGGAGCUGGACUUUAUUGGACAGCACAGUCCGAAUUAUGAUUUAUAUGUUUUUUUUUAGUCUCAGAGUAGCAUCUGGUAUGAUACUGCAAUUUUGUGAUUUACAGCUAUUUGUGGAUGCCAUAUUUGACUUUGUGGUUUUUGGUUCAUUUUGGCCAACUAACUGAUACCCUGUGCCUUUGCGAGAUUAAUAGCCUGGAAAAAAAGAAAGAAAAAAGCUUGUAUUCUAUAUAUUCAGUAUCGGUGGAUUAUUAAAUGAAGGUCCUGUGAAGUGGCUUUGGUGUUGUCAUGAGCUUUUGUGGGCUGUUUAGAAAAGAAACCAAGAUUUUUGAUGGUUGAGCUUUGUUGUGAUGAGUCCACCCAGUUUGCUUUUCAUUCAUCCUUCCAUCCAUCCCUCCAUCCAAGCCACAGUUUUUGUAGUGUAAAAGUAGAUGUUUAUUUUCUGGGUUUCUAUGUUGAAUAUAUUACAGAUAAUCUAUCUUAUGUACCUUUUGUGAAUGCUGUCAAAUAUGUAGACUGUUUGUAUGUUGUUGAACCAUCACUGCCUUAAGAAACAUGUCGUGCUGUGUCCACCAUCCAGAGUAUUGAGCUAUAUUUUUAUUGUGAUGAUUAUGGACCAAGCAUGUAAAUAUGGUGGUUGGCUUUCUAAAAUGACCUUUUCUAAAGAGCACAUGCUCAACCAGCAGCUUCACGCGUAGGCAGGAGCCGAUGUUGAUUUUAUGAAGCGUUGGAUUUGUAGAAAAGAUGAUAGUCAUUGGGAGACUGUAGGAAGACCUGAUUUUAAGAUCCCACCAAAGAGCACUGAAUAGGAAAAAAGGUAUAUUUACAUUUACUCAUAGUGACGGUAGACGACUAAACCUGCCAGGAAAAUUGAAAUCAACUGCUAACUCAACAAUUAUGUGACUUGGAUAGUGUCCCUUGUUUGUGCUGCAGAAUAUUUUAUAAACGAGGGCCUCUUGCUGUUUCCUAAAGACCUUUGUACUCAAACCUGUGAUCAAUAUUGUAGCUUUAUUCUCACUGUUAACUAAAAAGAUGUGAUUGCUCUCAA